CAAGAAGAUACAUUGACUUCCCAAAGUACUGCUACAAAACUGGCAGCUUUCACAGCAGUUACAGUUUGUCUGGUGGGACUCAUUAAGUGGCAUUUUGGUGGAGGAGUGUGCAAGAGUAAGGCAAGAUUAGAUGGUAAGACUGUUAUUGUAACAGGGGCAAACACUGGAAUAGGGAAGGAGACUGCUUCAGACCUUGCCAGGAGGGGUGCUAAGGUCAUUUUGGCUUGCCGAGAUGAACAGAGAGCCACAGAUGCAGCAAAGGACAUUAUUGCAGAGACUGGAAGUGACAAAGUCCAUGUUAGAAUUGUUGACCUGUCUUCCUUUGAGUCUGUGAGAGCCUUUGCCAAGCUCAUCAAUGAAACUGAAGAAAGACUGGACAUACUGGUAAACAAUGCAGGACUUGGGGAGUAUUACAGGUUGACUGAAGAUGGAUAUGAAAGUGUAUUCCAAGUAAACUAUCUCAGUCAUUUUCUUCUGACUCUACUUCUGUUGGACAAAAUGAAGAAAUCAGCACCAAGUCGCAUUGUAAAUGUCUCAUCCCAGGCACAUGAAGGAAGGAAUGCUGAACUCCAGCUUGAGGAUUUUAAAUUGUCUGAGGAAAAGUUUGAUGCAUUUCAACGUUAUGCUCAAUCAAAGUUGGCCCAGGUGGUGUUCACAAAGGAACUGAGUCGAAGACUGGAAGGAACUGGAGUGACAGUUUAUGCUCUUCAUCCUGGUGUUGUCAGUUCAGACAUUUGGCGAAACUUGGAAGUUUUGAAGAAACCUUAUAUACGACCAUUUGUAAUGCUAGUGAUGUUUCUGUUCUUCAAAGACUGCAAGCAAGGAGCACAGACUAGCAUCUACUGUUCGGUGGCAGAAGAGCUGGAGGGUGUCUCAGGCCUUUACUACAGCGAUUGUAAAGUCAAAGAGGUUAACAAACUGGCUAAAGAUCCUGGUUUGGCCAAGAAGUUGUGGGAUGUUAGUGAGAGAAUCACUGGAGAAAGCUGGAAAGAUUACUGGAGCUUGGACCGCCUGUGCUCGGAUCGGCCGGUGUGCAGCCUUGUCCUUCCCUCAGGGGUUCUAACCCUAGAAAUGGAUAACUCACUGAAAGGACCUCGUUGCAACAAAGUAAGCGGUAACAAAACAAUAGUCACGUUUAUCACAAGAGCUAGUGUUAAAACGAGAAUGGCGGCCAAGUUACUGGUAGCGGUUGUUUUCCUUUGGCUCUCUUGCUGUGUGUUGGUGACCUUUAGUGAAAACAUAGACAAAGGAGGAACACAAGGUGAAUCUCUUGACCCACAAACUAUUAUUUCAAGACUGCUGGUUUUCACAGCAGUAACAGUUUGUUUGGUAGUGCUUACGAAGUGGUAUUUUGGUGGAGGAGUGUGUAGAAGCAAGGCAAGAUUAGAUGGUAAGACUGUUAUUGUAACGGGGGCAAACACUGGAAUAGGGAAGGAGACUGCUUCAGACCUUGCCAGGAGGGGUGCUAAGGUCAUUUUGGCUUGCCGAGAUGAACAGAGAGCCACAGAUGCAGCAAAGGACAUUAUUGCUGAGACUGGAAGUGAUAAAGUCCUUGUUAGAAUUUUAGAUCUGAAUUCAUUUGAGUCUGUGAGAGCCUUUGCUAAGCUCAUCAGUGAAACAGAGGAAAGAUUAGACAUUCUUGUGAACAAUGCAGGGAUUGGACUUGGUGCCCCUUACAGGCUGACUAAAGAUGGUUAUGAAAGUGUUUUCCAAGUAAACUACCUCAGCCAUUUUCUUCUGACCCUACUUCUGUUGGACAAAAUGAAGAAAUCAGCACCAAGUCGCAUUGUAAAUGUUUCAUCCUUGGCACAUGAGCAAAAGAUUGCUACUCUCCAGCUUGAAGAUUUUAAACUUUCUAAGGAGAAGUUUGAUAAAGGAUUUGGACGUUAUGCUCAAUCAAAGUUGGCCCAAGUGGUGUUCACAAAGGAACUAAGCCGAAGACUGGAGGGAACUGGAGUGACAGUGUAUGCUCUUCAUCCUGGUGGUGUCAAUUCAGACAUUUGGCGCAACUAUAAGUUCCUGGAGAAUCCAUUCCUGAAACCAUUUGUAACCCUGAUUGCAUAUUUGUUCUUGAAAGAUUGUAAGCAAGGAGCGCAGACAUCAAUCUACUGUUCAGUGGCUGAAGAGCUGGAAGGUGUCUCUGGCCUUUACUUCAGUGAUUGUAAAGUCAGAGAAGGCAAUAAACUGGCAAAAGAUCCUGGUUUGGCAAAGAAGUUGUGGGAUGUUAGUGAGAGGAUCACUGGAGAAAGCUGGAAAGAUUAGAUAUUGUAGUCAUGCAUGUACAUUUUCAAGUAGAAGAGAACCUUUGCUUGUUUUCCAGUGCCAAUCAGAGCUUGCUUACAAGCUGUUACUAAAUGACAUGGUUUUUCUUUCAUGUCUCUUAUUUCAUGUAUAUUAAUCCUCCUCACUCAAGUUCAAUGCAUUAUCCCUCAAGUAGCUGUGAUAGGCACUGCAUACAUAUCAAUAAGUCAGAAGGAAUAGACUUGAUUACUUAAGGUUUAUAAUUACUAGAAAUAGAGCUAUGUAAGGUUGUUACCAUUAUUUUACAUAAACUUAUGUUAUACAACCUUGGCAAAGUUUUGUUUGGAGCAUUGAUCAUGUCAUCAUAGCAGAAAGUUGUUAUAUCCAUUUUAGCACCAGUUGUGGCCUGGAUAGCA